CCCACCCUUCAGGGACAAAACUGUGAGGCUUGGGUUUCCACUUCCUGGGUUCAUCCGGUGUCCUCCUAGUCUUUAUUCCUCAAAAGGCGCGGCAACACUGUCCAUGAUCCUGGGUCCGGAAGCCAGGGUUGGCCGUCUGUCAGCCCCCUGAGGACUCCGGCAGAAAAUAUCCGCGGCGACUUCUUUAAGUCCUGUCAGGCCCUGGAGGAAGAUGGCGUCCUUCAUUGCGAGACGACCUGCCUGCCCCUCUAGCCACAACUAUUCCCGUCUCUAUGGCCUCCGACGAGGUCUAUUUCCACCUAGGGGGAACUUCCCAGCAUGCAUCGCGGCCGUCCCGGUUCUCGCUAAGAUGGCGACUCCCAUGCACCGACUUAUUGCCCGGAGGCAGGCGGAAGCAAAUAAGCAACAUGUAAGGUGUCAGAAAUGUUUAGAAUUUGGACAUUGGACAUAUGAAUGCACGGGAAAAAGAAAAUACUUGCAUAGACCUUCAAGAACAGCAGAACUUAAGAAAGCUUUAAAAGAAAAAGAAAACAGAUUAUUAUUACAACAAAGCAUUGGAGAAACUAAUACAGAAAAAAAGACCAAGAAAAAAAGGUCUAAGAGUGUUACCAGUUCCAGCAGCAGUAGCAGUGGAAGUUCAGCCAGUGAUUCUUCAUCAGAGAGUGAAGACUCCUCUACCUCUUCUUCCUCUGAUGAUAGUGAUACUGAGGAAAGUUCUUCUACUUCAUCAUCAUCACCUUCCUCAACUAGUUCUUCCUCUUCUUCUGAUUCGGAGUCAGAUUCCAGCUCUUCCUCUAGCACCAGCUCUAGCACAGAUAGCAGCUCUGAUGAUGAGCCACCCAAGAAGAAGAAAAAGAAAUAGAAUUCCUUUAAGCAUUUCUAAUCAUUUAGGACUGAUGACUUGACAAAUGCUGAUGUAUUUGUCAGAAGAGGAGUUAGAAUAUGUAGUGGCCAAAUGGAAUAACUGGUCUAAAUUUCUAUAAUUCAGAAGCUUUCUAAAUGUUCACAUUUUAAGGGCAUAAAGGUUAUUAAUAACAAAGUGUGUAUGUAAAAUUUUUUGUUAAUUUUAAGGAGAAUUUUGUUUUCAUUUUUUUUAAUCUUAAAAACAUAUCUUUAAACUUUAAUCAAAGCUGAAGUCCAGUAAAUCUGGUAUUUAUGUAUUGAAAUGUGUAAACUUUUUGUGAAAUAAAUGCCAUACCUUGUUUGUAUGUUGAUAUUGUAUAUUCUGACACUGGUUUCACUUGUUUUCAGGAUAAUCCUGUAAAAUAACUGGGAACAAUGACUUUCCAAUGGUUUUGGCUAAAUAUUACCAUGUCAGUCAGAUUGAAUACAGUGUUACUACUAUGGAAGUGUCAUCCAGUUGUUAACAAUGUGUUAUAUUUCUAAGUUUAUCCUUAGAGGGUUUGCUGUUUUUGUGAUAGGUUUUUGGUUUUUUUUUUUAACUUAAUGUCAGAAAUGAAAUGUAAUGAGAUGUAUACUAAUCUAGUAGAUAUUUUUAAUUGUGGGCAACAGUUUUCAACUUGUUGGGUUUUCUUUCUAUUUUAUUUUCUUCUGGUUCCCUAAAUACUCAGAGCCAUACUAUUUUGGAGAUAGAAUGUCUAAUAAGAAAACAAUCAUCUUGAAUAAGCUAAAGGGAGAAGAAAAAGAAAACUGAAAUUACUUAGUUUAAUCUUGGUGCCUUUUGAUAAAAAUAUAUGAUAAUAGAAGCGAGUGGAAGCAUGAAAGGUUGAAUUAAAUGUUUUAUUUAGGCACUUAAAUGAAUAUAUAUAUACAUUAUAUAAUCUGAAUAUAUUCAUUGGGUGAAUAUAUGUAUAUAUGUGUGUAUUUGUACAUAUAUGUGUGUGUGUGUGUGUGUACAUAUUAAUCUGAAAUGAGAUGCUAACAAAGUUACCAUUCCAGAAGAAUGGCAGAUAUGGGAAGGUGGGGGGUGAAAUAGAGGAAUUUUUUUUUUUAACAAAGUUGAAACAAAAUAAGUUGCCAUUUCAGAGUACCCAAAUGGAAGACUCUUUCUCUUUACUAUUUUUGCAGUUAUUGUGUUGCACAAUUCCUGUGGUACUGGCAUUGUAAUGAAGAGUGUAUGUUGGAUACAUCCAGCAUGUUUACAUAGACAGAAUGUACACGUUAGUUGAAAUCCAGCAUGAAAGAUGCAGGUUAAAAACAAAAUAUUAUAUAGAAUUAUACUUCUUAGCAGAUAACAAUUUGUUGUGAUGAGUUUAAUCACUUGACAGUCAUCUUUAUCCUGUGAUGUAGUCUUUUAAUUUGAUUAUUGAUGGUACUCCCUUUUUGGGGGGAGGGUGCAACAUUUGUGGGAAAAGUUUCAAAUAUCCUAAUUUUUGUUUCAAUAUGGUGUAAACUAUGGAUAUUAAACUAUUUUUAUAUUUUUAUGAGAAAGUAGUGUAGAGUUAAUUUUAAAUAAAAUGUGCUUCUAUUUAAAUGUUGAAAAAUAAGUAUCUUGUCAGUCUUAAGGAGUCUGUAAUUAUUUGUAUGUUUUACAGAAUCACUUGGAAAGAUUGUAAAUAAAUUACUGGAACAUUAUUUGAAAGACUCAUGUUAAAGAAUGUACCAGUUAACAGGGAAACAAUAAAUUAUCAAACAAGCACAA